AUGACUCCACGAAAGAAAACUAAUGCCCAAUCGUCAAAAUCGAUAGGUCAACAAAAACACGAACAAAGAAUUGCUAAAAUUUCUCAAGAGCAAGAAGAAGAAGCAGCGGAUUCGGACAACCAACCUCUCGCAAUCAUGGCUUCUGUGAGAAGGUUCUACAUUUAUUGUGGAAUUGCCUACCAAAAGAGGGAGAACGGGACAUUUCCUAGCCAAACGACUCUGAAUCUGAAAGGAGUCAACCAUGUUAAUGGAUCAGGUAGUUCUAACCAUAAUGAACAUAUCAAAGCAGUUAUCACCCUUAGGAGUGGUAAAACUUUAGAGAACUUGGUAAGACCACCUAAGGAUAGUAAUCCAGCUGAAAAAGAGACCGAGGUUGACCAAACUACGUCUAAAGAUCCUAAUGGGCCUGAGAGUGCUAAAAGUCCAAGUGAGGAAGAUAUCCCUGAGAGAGUGUACAUACCACCUGCACCAUUUCCUCAGAGACUCUCUAAGAAAAAGCCUAGUAUAUAUGCUGAAAUCGUAGACAUCUUUAAGCAAGUUAAGAUCAACCUACCCUUGUUAGAUGCAAUAAAACAUGUACCGGAUAUGGCCAACUUCCUAAAAGAGAUGUGCACUGUCAAGAGAGACGCGAGUGUCCAUAAGAAGGCAUUUUUGACCAAACAAGUAAGUUCCAUAAUCUCACAAAAGUACCCAGUCAAAUUUAAAGAUCCUGGUUGUCCUACUGUCACAUGUGUCACAGGUAGCCAAAAGAUUGAAAAUGCUCUUUUAGAACUUGGGGCUAGUGUGAAUCUUUUGCCAUUCUCGGUAUAUGAACAACUUAGACUAGGUGAGAUGAAACCAACUAGGAUAACACUACAGUUAGCCGAUAGGUCAGUCAAAAUCCCACGUGGAAUUAUUGAAGACGUUUUGGUUCAGGUAGAAAACUUUAUCUAUCCAGUUGACUUUGUGAUUUUGGACACUCAACCAGUCUCUAGUAAAGAUAUCAAUAUCCCAAUCAUCCUGGGUCGUCCGUUUCUAGCCACUGCAAAUGCAGUCAUACAUUGCCAAACUGGCCUAGUAGAAAUUUUCUUUGGGAAUCAGAAAAUCUCAGUGAACGUUUUUAAGGCGUUACAAGCCCCACCGGACCCUGAACACUAUGAGUCUGUAUGCAUGAUUGAUUCUCUAGUUGAGAACACCUUUACCACUAAUAGUGUUAGUGAUCCUUUAGAGGCGUGCUUGGCCCACUUUUGA